ACACAUCUUUGUAGCGAUACUAUCAUUGGCGACAAGUGGAUAUUGACAGUUGCAGAUUGCGUAUACAGCGUAAAAGACUCUGCUUCCUUAACUGUCGCUGUUGGUACCAUCGACAUCACAAAACCUGGAAAAACAUAUGUCGUGUCUUCGAUUAAAAUACACGAAAAAUAUCGGCCUAAUAAUUUUAAGUACAACUAUGCAUUGUUUAUGAUUCAUGGAACUAUUCAAUUUAAUGAUAAUGUUACGGCCAUACCUCUGCCCGAUAAUCCGACCCAGGAAGGGGUCAAUGUCGAUGCAUCAGGAUGGAAACUUAGCAGGGAUACAGAACACACAAACUUUUUACAAGUGAUAAAGGAAAGCACAAUCUCCAACUAUGACUGUAUACUGAGGCACAAAUUCUACAUCGACGAGGAUUCUAUACUUUGCACAGACUAUGAGAAUGAAAUGACCGAAACAGAUUUUUUCCGUGACCACGGUGGCCCAGUUGUUGAGAACAAUCAAGUGGUCGGUCUCGUCAUUUCCUACGUGGAUCCAUAUUAUCAGCUGCCUGGAUUCAACUCCAAAGUUGAGGCCGUUAAGGACUGGAUCCAAUCGAAUAUGAAAUAAUUUUGGAUAUGAACCAUAGAGUGUAAUUUAAUAAAUAUGAUUUUUAUU